UAUGAACUCAUGAUCGAUUCAAUCACUUGUAAAAAUAGUCAAAGUUUCUGGGAUUUGAGCGAAUGAAAUGACGUGAAAAACUGAACCAAACUUCCCAAACUAGAUCUGAGACAAAUUGUUUAGAUGUCUACGACAGAUUCAGGGCGUCAACUGUUGGAUUUCGUGUCUGACAGUCGUGUUAAUGGCACUGAUUCUGUACCUUACCACGUUGAUCCUUCCAGUUACAGCACUGCUAUAAUCAGUGGAUCUGGAAAAAAAUACGAUACGAGGACGUCAGAACAGAGACCUCUACUAGGACGUGGUAGAUCUAGGAAUAUGGAGAGCUGUAGUGACUCUGAAUAUGGAUCAAACACUAUCGAUGAUCCUGAGUUUGCCUCCAUUAUUCGAUCAGUGGAACAAGCCAUCGAUGCAGGGAUUCUCCCUCAACGAAUCUACCAAGGAUCAAGUGGGAGUUACUUUGUGAAAAAUAAAGAAGGAAAAACUAUAGGUGUAUUUAAACCAAAAGAUGAGGAGCCGUAUGGACACCUCAAUCCAAAAUGGACAAAAUGGUGUCACAAAGUGUGCUGUCCUUGCUGUUUUGGUCGUACAUGUUUGGUACCAAAUCAAGGUUAUUUAUCGGAAGCAGGAGCCAGCCUUGUAGAUACAAAAAUAGGACUAAAUGUUGUUCCCAGAACCAAGGUUGUUCGACUUGCAAGUAGUACCUUUAACUAUACUGCGUUUGAUCUCGCCAAAGCCAGAUCAAAAAAGUUUGCAACAGAAAGAUUUCCUGAUACAAUUGGAAAGCAUGUUAAAGCUGGUCUACCACUAAAGGUUGGAUCUUUUCAACUUUUUGUGGAGGGAUAUAAAGAUGCAGAGUUCCACCUGAGAAGGUUUGAAACCGAACCUCUUCCCACCUCAACAAGAUAUGACUUUAUUGUUCAGUUCCAAAAGAUGGUCUGCUUGGAUUAUAUCAUUAGAAAUACAGAUCGUGGGAAUGAUAACUGGCUUAUUAGUUAUGAAAACACGCCAGAAGUUGACGAAUCUGUUAAGACUGAAGAUGGAGAAGCUGCUUGGGAUGUCGUGAAUUCACCUAAAAUUUUUGUUGCUGCUAUUGAUAAUGGCCUGGCCUUUCCAUAUAAACACCCUGACUCAUGGAGGGCUUAUCCUUUUUACUGGGCAUGGCUACCAUACGCUAAAGAACCAUUCCUUGAUGAAGUGUGUGAAUUAGUGUUACCCAAAUUAUCUGAUAUGAACUUUGUACAAGACUUAACUGAUGAUUUGUACCACUUGUUUAAGGAAGAUAAAGGGUUUGACAGAGGAACUUAUGAAAAGCAGCUUGCUGUCUUAAGGGGUCAGAUUCUAAACCUAAGUCAAGCAUUACGGGAUAAAAAGUCACCACUCCAGCUGGUACAAAUGCCAGUAGUAACAGUAGAAAAAAAGAGGUUUGAAGGAGAAGAUCUUCACCGUCAUCAUAGUGAAUCUGCAUUYACACAAAGCUUCCAACACAGACCUCCCUUUUUCUCUUGGUGUUGAGUGCCYCGAGAAACUAGACUCACUAAUUAUAAAUCAAUUGAAAUUAUAAUGUUGAUAAAUUUUAUAGAAUUUUUUUUCCAUCUGUUUAAAAAAAAAAAUUAAGGUGGCAUAAUUUCAAAGAUUUUUUUCUAGAGGAAAUAUUGUUAUGUUGUGCUAACAUAACGCUACCACAUUUAGAAUGAUCAGUUUUUUUGUUUUGGUGUUAUAGUCUAUUUGAACAAUUAGAAUAUUUCUAAAAGCAGUUAAUUGUUAUUUGAUUUUUUUCUGAAAUGAACAUUUCAAGUCAAGUGCUACUAUACAUAGGGGCUGUGGCCCAAAAUAUCCCAUGAUGCACUUCGAUUCAUUGCAGUGAGUAGCUUCGCAAAUACAAAUUUUUUAUCGCAAGGAAAAAUUGUGAAAUUAAAUUAACGUAACUAAAGUCAAAAGUCAAUGCACUCGCCUUUAUAAAACUAUUGUCAUAGAUUGUACAGCAAUAGAGUAGAAUAGCUAUAACCUAUUGGAGAAUGUAGGGUUGUGUGUAGUUUCAAUGUCAGUGCGACGUGCGAAAACCACAGGAAGCCCAAUUCAUGUUAUYUCCUUCCUCGUUAACGUUAGAGAGAACUGGCCUGGCACUCUAGUUCAUAGGAUAAACUGUUGCUUAGAAAUAGAUGAUCUUAUUCUGAAAAGGAUUAAAAUAUUUUUUUGAAAUUAA